GCCGUGGAAGCAGGGUUGGAGGGUGAGAUACGAAGGGAACGAGUGGGAUUCGGAGACCUUGAAGGUUUUUGUGGUCCCUCAUUCGCAUAAUGACCCGGGUUGGAAGCUCACUGUUGAGGAGUAUUAUGAUCGACAGUCGAGGCAUAUUCUUGAUACCAUCGUCGAGGCUCUUUCGAAGGAUCCUCGCUGCAAAUUUAUAUGGGAGGAGAUGUCUUAUUUGGAGAGAUGGUGGAAGGAUGCCUCAGAAACUAAAAAAGAAUCUUUCAUCAAUCUAGUGAAGAAUGCACAGUUAGAAAUUGUUGGAGGUGGGUGGGUGAUGAAUGAUGAGGCUAAUUCACAUUAUUUUGCUAUCAUUGAACAG